CAUCAUCUCUAAUCGGCAACAUGUCUGAGCCUCCACGGAAGCGCGCGAAGUUGGCAUGUGUCACCUGCAACGCAAGACGUGUUAAAUGUGAUGUGACAGAUCGCCAGCCCUGUGGCAAUUGUGUGGCCGGGAAUAUCUUGUGCGAGACGCGCGAGUCGAAGCGGGGCAAGCAUCCCAGGAAGUCCCGGAUAGGAACAGAAGGGCGCGAUGCUGUAAUUAGAAAUGCGCUAUUGAGCCCCGAGCGCCACGAAGACGAGGUCGCAGCAUCACAUGUUUUAGCUUCACUCUCGUCCAACUUCCAUAGCCCUGUCAAUAACCACAGCUCGGCAGCCGGAACUCCAUACCAGUUUGCAAUUCCUUCUAUGCCAUCCGAAUCUCGUAGCAACCAUUCCAAGACAGAAACUACGCCCGCUGAGGAUGACGCAGCCGUAUUUCUAGGCGAGUCUAGUUCACUCCGCUAUGUCACCGAAGAGCAUUCGCCAGCAGCAGCAGAGCGUAGACAAUCUGUCUUCCGCCAUGCGGUACCAAACGCCGUCAAGGCAGAGGCUCUGGUCCCGGAAUGGGAAGCUGAGCGCCGCCGUGCCAGGAUGAAAGCGCUCCAAGUCGAGGGUGCAUUCUCGUUUCCUCCCACAGCGACCCGCCUCGAGUUCCUGAAGGCUUACUUCCAGUGGUUCCACCCGCACUUUGCUAUCCUCGAUGAAGCCGAUUUCUGGGAUUUGUAUCAGGAAGGCAGCGUAUCACAUCUUCUCCUACAGGCCAUGUUGUUCAUUGGUGUCAUCCACUGCGAGGAAUCAACACUUACCAGCUUAGGAUGGGGCAACCGCCAUCGAGCGAAAUGGCUUUUCUAUAUCCGAGCAAAGGAUAUUUACGACGCCACCUACGAAACAAACAAAGUGAUCGUUAUUCAGUCUUUGUUCCUGAUGAGCUUUUGGCGAGCUGGUGCACUGUUGGAAAAAGAUACUCGUCACUGGCUUGGAACUGCAAUUAGUCUUUCGCAGACCAAGGCGCUACAUCGCUCUGGUGGCGUAGCGGAAGAGAAACUGACGAGACUGAAGAGGCGCCUUUGGUGGGCUAUCUAUGUUCGUGAGCGCCAAUGUGGGUCUGCUCUUGGACUGCCAAAUCGGAUCCGCGACAAAGACUGCGAUAUCGAGCCUUUGGCAACAUCUGACUUCGUGUCGGCUUUUAGCCCAUCUACACCUACCUCUGAUUGUCACCGUUACAUUGCUUACAUGAUUGGCGUGGUGCAGUUGGCCAUAUUUCUGGGCAGGGUAGUUGACGCUGGGUACUUACCAAAUCGUACCCUCAGGUCUGAAGACAGAUCGAAGAUCCGUGACGAACUCUACGACUGGAACCGAAACCUGCCAUUUGUCAUGCAACUACGUAGCGAUAUGGGUGACCAACCAAGCUUCCAAGCUAGCAUGCUUCACCUCGCCUAUAACAACCUUCUGAUUCUCCUCUACCGCACAAGCUUUAUUGUGGAUGAGAAGGGUAGCGCGGAGACCGACGGAAGCAUCGCGCUGCAGGCAGCGGCGCGCAAUUCGCGCAUUGUUGAGGAUAUGCUCCCCGAUGGUGACAUUGGACAUGCGCAAAUUCACGUUAUCACUAAUCUGUUCAAUACCUUGUGUAUUCAUGUAGCAAACCUUAGACGCUCAACUGGGAUUAAAAGAACCCUUGCUGAGCAUCGAGCUAAGCUAUGCCUACUAGGACUACAAGAGCUGCAAAAGACCUGGGAAGUGACGAACUGGGUGCUCCAACUCUUCUUCCAGUAUCUUGAUCGCGAGACGGCUGUAAGACUGGCAAUGGAGGCCGAUGAUGUCGGUUUCUCGAGUGCUGCCGGCCAAACACCGAGCGGGCGAGGCUCAUUCGGUCCUACCACGCUACAGACGCUGCGACCCCAUCCAGAAGAUAGCGCCACUCCGCAAAUUGUCGAGCAGCAGCUCCAACGGGAGGUUAGUCUUGCGAAUUCAGAUAUCAACCCGACACCUUGGUCUUGGUCCAUGGACGAAGCGAACCAAUAUCUAUUCACGCAAAUCGAAAAUGACUUCGCAUUUGGUGAGGGUGGUCUGCAACAAUGGAGCCCAGAGGAAUUGCUCAACAAUAGUCAAUUAGCAGACUUUGUAUACAAUGGGCUUCCUGGAUAG